AUGACUUAUUUUAUUAAAUUAUUAGCCACUUUGUUGAUCAUAAAGUUCCUUACUGCUUCAAAAAUAGAUGCAUUAACACCUGAUUUUAGUAAAGAUUCAGAAAAAUUUCUAUCAUGAGUUCAUAGCCCAAAGACGAAAUGGUGUAGAAGAGAAGCCUCGAAGCAAUCUGGUGUCUGAUGCGGUAUACAUGAUCAUUCUUCUGAGUGAAAUAAUAGUAUGUUGAAUAGCUGAUCAGACAAUGAUUCCAGAUUUGAUUUGAAUUCCUCUCUUUUGCUAUUCCCAACCAAUCGUCCCUCUUGUGGAAAGCAAGAAGCCUUAUUUAUUAGAUAUGGCCAACAAAUGAGUGUGCAAUCAAAACCAGGAUUUGAGAUCUGAUGGUAUUCUUUGUCUCACAAAAUUAAUACGUACGGAGAAUUCCAGAUUGAUAUAAUGCAAAGAAACAAAGUUACGAUCCAUAUCUUCUCACAUAAGAAAGGAGAGAUGAUAAAGAAGCUGGGAGAAAUCAAAGAAGAAGAUCAUGGAAAUUUUGCUCGUGUGGAUCCCAAAGAAACUAUAUAUCUUCUAGCACUAGCAGAUAAAGAAGACUCUAGAGUCAACCUAACAGCCAAAUUUGUCGAAGUUAGGUUGCCGAACUCAGUUAUUGCUUUAUUGAUAGGAUGCUUCAUUAUGAUGAUACUAUUAUUAACCCUCUGUUCCAUAAUGAUUGGAGUAAUCUGCAAGCAAUGCUCACGAGUCGUGAUGGAACAGAAUGAUUCAAAUGUAGAGCCACCUAAUAUUGAAGUACAAGAAAGAGUAAAGAGUAACAUGGACAAUGAGUCUCAGGUUGAAAGCCCUCCUUUCACGAAAAGUGAUGUAUCUGCAUCUACAGAGAUCAAGGCAAUACAGGAACAAGAGCAAAACACGGAUUUAUCUUACAAAGAUUCGGCAUUGCUGAAGAUAUUUCAUCCGUUGAGAGGUUCGAAAAGAAGAGAUAGCAACAGUCCUCUUCAUAUGCCAGAGAGGAGAAGCACUAGAGAUAUGGAGUAA